CAGGCUGGUCUUGAACUCCUGACCUCAGGUGAUCCGCCCGCCUUGGCCUCCCAAAUUGCUAGGAUUACAGGCGUAAGCCACUGCACCCAGGCUUUGCUGUCAUUUUAACCAUGAAAUGGAACUCUUCAGAGGAAGCAAUGUCUAUGUAUUAGCCUACAGUUAAUGCAGAGUCCUCACUGUGAUGAUCGUAAUUUCAAUUGCUGGCUUUAGAUCAAGGCUAUUUAUUUAGCUCUGCCCUGUUCAUCACAGGUGGUUGCCAGGCACUUGAAAUGUGGCUAGUCUCAACUGGGAUACGGGAGAAGGAAGACUUCAACUUCUGGUUCAAAUGGAAUAGUAGUGACCAGAUUUACCCUCCUGCCUGAUGCAAACAAAAGUCCCAAAGAAACCAGACAAAAUAUAACAGUGGGUCUCAUGUACACCUGACAGCGGAGGACAGAGACCUAAGAGACUGGAGAAACCAAGCUUAGUUCUCGACUCUGUCUUAAGCCUCCUGGGAACAGCGACGGUGGGUCUCAUACAGCAAGAGGGGCGUGCUUGGGCCCUGCACAGCAAUCAUUGACCUGGACACCCAACAUGUUCCCUAACAACAACGGUGUGUCCUGUACAGCCAGAGGGGCGUGCUUGAGCCCUGCACAGCAGUCGUCAGUCUGGAGACCCAACGUGUUCCCUUGGCUGUUUUCAGUGCCAUCCCUGAGACGGGAAUAUUUUGAUGUGAUCAAACUAUUAAAUCAAACGUCCAGCUUUUGAAGACUGUGUAAUCAGGGAUCUCAUGUGGUCAGGACAGAGGACAGAGAGUGAUCAAAUCAAUGACACUUUUUAUGUUUUGUCUUCUCUGGGUCAGCACUGCUCUGCCAAGGGGGACAAACCCUGCAAGGCCCUGCUUGGAAAACGAUGAUGCCAUUGACGGUUAAAACAUCCAGCAGCAAGGGCCUGGCCUGGGGCACAGUGUCAGGUCCGCAGCAGGCCACGUGACGGUCUGGCAGUGAGUGAGUCACUGAAUACUGCUGAGCCCCAGGCCCACUCAUGUGGAGUGGAGGCGACGCCUGCCUCCCCGCCUUGCUGUGAGGACUUGGUGGCCCACUGUGCAUGGAAACAACUUAUAAACCACAGAGUUUGCUAAAAAUGCUUUGUGAGAUCCAUGCACAAAACAGAAAAAUAAAAACUGCAAGCACAAAAAGAAAUGAGAACUAUGCAGUGCUGUCCCUGUAUUAAUAGAGAGGCUGCAACGUGGUUUAGUAGACACAGGAUAGCAUUGAGCAUCAGAAAUAACUGUAUCCUGCCCUGCCACCGACUUACUGACUAGCAAGUCAUGUGUCCUCGCUGCCUCGGUUUCCUCAUCUGGAAUUGAGGGAUUGCGUGAAAGGCCUCAAAGGGCCAUUCCAACACAAGCGUUCUCUGAUUCCAACCCCAGUCCUCUGCAGUUGCCUUGAAGACACCAUAGAAAGAGGGCAUAGGAUGUUUGCAUCUCUUAGGAAGAGAGCACACCCAGCAGCUACAAGUACAAUGGCAGCCUCUGAUUCUGUUUCCAGCUGCCUUUGAAAAUGGUGUUAUUACUAGGAAGGAAGGACACCAAUCCACUGCUAAACUGCGCAAAAGGCAUGGAAGUCCUCCGUCCAGGACGGUUCUCAAACGCGGUCCACGAGCUUCUCCGAGCCUGGCUGCCUUUCCGUCCAGGAUGGUUCUCAAACGCGGUCCACGAGCUUCUCCGAGCCUGGCUGCCUUUCCGUCCAGGACGGUUCUCAAACGCGGUCCACGAGCUUCUCCGAGCCUGGCUGCCUUUCCGUCCAGGACGGUUCUCAAACGCGGUCCACGAGCUUCUCCGAGCCUGGCUGCCUUUCCGUCCAGGACGGUUCUCAAACGCGGUCCACGAGCUUCUCCGAGCCUGGCUGCCUUUCCGUCCAGGACGGUUCUCAAACGCGGUCCACGAGCUUCUCCGAGCCUGGCUGCCUUUCCGUCCAGGACGGUUCUCAAACGCGGUCCACGAGCUUCUCCGAGCCUGGCUGCCUUUCCGUCCAGGACGGUUCUCAAACGCGGUCCACGAGCUUCUCCGAGCCUGGCUGCCUUUCCGUCCAGGAUGGUUCUCAAACGCGGUCCACGAGCUUCUCCGAGCCUGGCUGCCUUUCCGUCCAGGAUGGUUCUCAAACGCGGUCCACGAGCUUCUCCGAGCCUGGCUGCCUUUCCGUCCAGGAUGGUUCUCAAACGCGGUCCACGAGCUUCUCCGAGCCUGGCUGCCUUUCCGUCCAGGAUGGUUCUCAAACGCGGUCCACGAGCUUCUCCGAGCCUGGCUGCCUUUCCGUCCAGGAUGGUUCUCAAACGCGGUCCACGAGCUUCUCCGAGCCUGGCUGCCUUUCCGUCCAGGAUGGUUCUCAAACGCGGUCCACGAGCUUCUCCGAGCCUGGCUGCCUUUCCGUCCAGGAUGGUUCUCAAACGCGGUCCACGAGCUUCUCCGAGCCUGGCUGCCUUUCCGUCCAGGAUGGUUCUCAAACGCGGUCCACGAGCUUCUCCGAGCCUGGCUGCCUUUCCGGUCCAGGAUGGUUCUCAAACGCGGUCCACGAGCUUCUCCGAGCCUGGCUGCCUUUCCGUCCAGGAUGGUUCUCAAACGCGGUCCACGAGCUUCUCCGAGCCUGGCUGCCUUUCCGUCCAGGAUGGUUCUCAAACGCGGUCCACGAGCUUCUCCGAGCCUGGCUGCCUUUCCGUCCAGGAUGGUUCUCAAACGCGAUCCACGAGCUUCUCCGAGCCUGGCUGCCUUUCUGGUCCAGGAUGGUUCUCAAACGCGAUCCACGAGCUUCUCCGAGCCUGGCUGCCUUUCUGGUCCAGGAUGGUUCUCAAACGCGAUCCACGAGCUUCUCCGAGCCUGGCUGCCUUUCUGGUCCAGGAUGGUUCUCAAACGCGAUCCACGAGCUUCUCCGAGCCUGGCUGCCUUUCUGGUCCAGGAUGGUUCUCAAACGCGAUCCACGAGCUUCUCCGAGCCUGGCUGCCUUUCUGGUCCAGGAUGGUUCUCAAACGCGAUCCACGAGCUUCUCCGAGCCUGGCUGCCUUUCUGGUCCAGGAUGGUUCUCAAACGCGAUCCACGAGCUUCUCCGAGCCUGGCUGCCUUUCUGGUCCAGGAUGGUUCUCAAACGCGAUCCACGAGCUUCUCCGAGCCUGGCUGCCUUUCUGGUCCAGGAUGGUUCUCAAACGCGAUCCACGAGCUUCUCCGAGCCUGGCUGCCUUUCUGGUCCAGGAUGGUUCUCAAACGCGAUCCACGAGCUUCUCCGAGCCUGGCUGCCUUUCUGGUCCAGGAUGGUUCUCAAACGCGAUCCACGAGCUUCUCCGAGCCUGGCUGCCUUUCUGGUCCAGGAUGGUUCUCAAACGCGAUCCACGAGCUUCUCCGAGCCUGGCUGCCUUUCUGGUCCAGGAUGGUUCUCAAACGCGAUCCACGAGCUUCUCCGAGCCUGGCUGCCUUUCUGGUCCAGGAUGGUUCUCAAACGCGAUCCACGAGCUUCUCCGAGCCUGGCUGCCUUUCUGGUCCAGGAUGGUUCUCAAACGCGAUCCACGAGCUUCUCCGAGCCUGGCUGCCUUUCUGGUCCAGGGAUGGUUCUCAAACGCGAUCCACGAGCUUCUCCGAGCCUGGCUGCCUUUCUGGUCCAGGAUGGUUCUCAAACGCGAUCCACGAGCUUCUCCGAGCCUGGCUGCCUUUCUGGUCCAGGAUGGUUCUCAAACGCGAUCCACGAGCUUCUCCGAGCCUGGCUGCCUUUCUGGUCCAGGAUGGUUCUCAAACGCGAUCCACGAGCUUCUCCGAGCCUGGCUGCCUUUCUGGUCCAGGAUGGUUCUCAAACGCGAUCCACGAGCUUCUCCGAGCCUGGCUGCCUUUCUGGUCCAGGAUGGUUCUCAAACGCGAUCCACGAGCUUCUCCGAGCCUGGCUGCCUUUCUGGUCCAGGAUGGUUCUCAAACGCGAUCCACGAGCUUCUCCGAGCCUGGCUGCCUUUCUGGUCCAGGAUGGUUCUCAAACGCGAUCCACGAGCUUCUCCGAGCCUGGCUGCCUUUCUGGUCCAGGAUGGUUCUCAAACGCGAUCCACGAGCUUCUCCGAGCCUGGCUGCCUUUCUGGUCCAGGAUGGUUCUCAAACGCGAUCCACGAGCUUCUCCGAGCCUGGCUGCCUUUCUGGUCCAGGAUGGUUCUCAAACGCGAUCCACGAGCUUCUCCGAGCCUGGCUGCCUUUCUGGUCCAGGAUGGUUCUCAAACGCGAUCCACGAGCUUCUCCGAGCCUGGCUGCCUUUCUGGUCCAGGAUGGUUCUCAAACGCGAUCCACGAGCUUCUCCGAGCCUGGCUGCCUUUCUGGAGAAGUGGGAACCUUUCCAGAUGGUCACCUCAAUGAGUCCAACAGAGGUUGCAGCCCGUCCACCGACAGAAUCAGUUUGGAUAAGAAAAGUUGCCCAAGAUGGGUCCUGGUCACCCCCAGCCCCUACCCCUAG